UGCGCCCGAGCCUUGAGUCUUUGCCAAGUGUGAAAACAUAUAAAUGCGAGUAAACGCAACUCAACUUUAUAUAAACUAAAUUUGAAGUUGGUGUUUAACACACUUUCGUCGGUUUUUGCACGAAAGCGAAAGUUGCGUGUCUUAGUCGACUUUAUUACUGCUGUUUACAAAUCACAAUACUAAAAAACAGAGGAAAGGCAGAAGAUAAAGCCGAUCACUGUAAAAAAUAUACCUCUCGAACUUUUAAAAAGAACCGAAAAUCAAAAGCCUGUGAAAUCACCGACUAACAAGCGGGUCAAUAACAGCCUUCGUGUCAAUUACGUUUGCUGAACUGAUCGUCGUGCCAAGAUGCCAGCAGCCAAUUCACAUCCACGCUUGUUCUUCUACUUACUAUGUGCUGCCUCACUCUUGGCCGUUUCGAAAUCGGACACCGGUAGUACAAAGAACUCUUACUUUAUGUCUUACUUUUACUAUUUAGUAAUUAACUUUAUUAAUCCCUUUGCAAUGCCGAUAUUUUAUCGUUUUGUAAAUGUUUUGCCACUUGAACCACCAUCCGAGGACUUGGCUUACGACGCGGCCUUACAGCUUGGCUUACUUAACUAUCGCCUUAAUCUACUAAGCCAUGAGGAAGAAUCUAGGCAACUUAGUUUGCCAAACAUAACCCUAGGUAACCUCGUAAACCGCAUACCCUGUAGCUGUGAUACUGGACUGUGCAAAUGUUGUGCUGGCUUUCUUUCCGUAAUUGGCAUGAAUAGUUGCACAGAAGUGGCGUACCGUCCUGAUGAAUUUUCAUUUGAGUUGCGCAUGCGUGUCAACAACAACAUUUGGUUCCGUCAGAAGGUCUCCGGACAGAAUCCACCUCCAUUCUGCUUCCGGCCGCCCCGCUUUAACUUUGCUAAGGCCUGUAUUCAGUUUCAUGACAUUUGGUUUGUCGGGCGCAACAUGCACGUCUGCAUGUACAUGUCAGGCGAAUUCCAGGGCUUUGAGUUGUUCGAAAGAAACUUUGACUGUCUCUUGUUUGGUGACCACGGAGUUAAGAUCGUCCCCCCAGAGCAAGGCUAUCCGGUGAGACCAAACGAUGUUGAUAUUGAUGAUGGAGACGACGAGAUCGAGGACUACGAUGAGAAUGUAGUCCGCAGUUUAGCAGAAAAAAUGGUCGCUUAAUCACUUUACAUGCUUAGACUUACUAAUUUAUUUCAAAAUGUAACGCUAACAUACUUAUAAAGUAACAUAAACAAAACUCUCUUUUUAA